AACAGGCGCUGGUUCUUGGUUACUCGAAAUGUCAACAAAUUAUCCAUUAUCAAAAUUUAUUGGUAUAGAUAUUUCUCCAAUUCAACCUAGGUGUAUUAAACCUAAAAAUGCUGAAUUUAUUCAGGCAAACAUAUUAGAACGUUUACCAUUUCAUAAUGAUACUUUUGAUUUUGUAUUUCAGCGAUUAUUGUUUGCUGGAAUUCCUGGAAAUGAAUGGCGAUCUGUAAUUAAUGAGCUAGUUCGCGUAUUAAAGCCUGGUGGUUAUUUAGAAGAACAUAUGCAACUUUAUAAUGUUCGCUUUGAAAUUAAAAAAAGUUACGAUGGUGAUGAUGCUAAAAAGUUAUGCAGUUUGAUGGCUGAAAAUUAUGCUACUUUUCUUAAGUCCGUGAAGUCAAAACUUAUGAGUGUAAUUGGCGUUCUUAGUGAUGAAUAUGAUAAUUUGGUUAAAAAUAUGAAAGAUGAAAUAAUUGAGUUAGAAUCUUUUGGUACGCAAGUUCGUGUUUAUGCUCAAAAAAAAUGA